AUAAGAGGAAAAAUACAAAUUUAAUAGUCGCGUUGAAUAUGGAUAAUUACGAUAUAGAAAAACCAAUGCAACGCUGGAUCGAACCAAAUUUUCAUUUAAAUGUAAGCGUAUCGAUCAUUUAUUAUAUGGGAACUUGGCCACCACUAGGAAAAUAUCGUUCGUUGUAUAUUAUUUAUACGAUAUGCAGUUUCACAUUUAUGUUAGGAAUUUUUUUGUUAACCGAAAUAGCAAAUCUUAUAUUGAGUUUGAAAGAUUUAGAAAAAUUAAUUGCCGGAGCAACUCUUCUUAUGACUAAUUGUACUCAUGCAUACAAGAUAAUAAUAAUUCUUUAUCGGCAAAAACGUAUACAAAAUCUUUUAGAUAUAACGAAGAAUGAAAUAUUUGUUCGACACAAUAUUAAAUACGAAUAUAUAGUGACUCAAUAUACUUGGAAAGGAAUUUUUCAUCAUAUAGCUUAUCAAAGUUUUGGUACAGUGGCAGUGCUCUGUUGGGGUUUUACACCAAUUGCUGAUCUUAUUGCUGGAAGAUCAAGAAGAUUACCAAUGGAAGGUUGGUACCCUUACAACGUGACUGUUACUCCAGCUUUUGAAAUUACUUCCUUGCAUCAGGCCGUGGCAAUCUUCGUUGCUUGUUUCCAUAAUGUAGCUAUGGAUACUUUAGUCACUGGUCUUAUCACUGUUGCAUGUUGUCAACUUUCAAUAUUGAGUCAGACUGUAACUUCGAUAGAGAAUUAUGAACGAGAAGAAAAAAGUAAUAUAAAAAUAAUUAACGAAGAAAAAAAUUGUUACGAUGUUCCAUAUGAAAUGCUAAAAAGAUGUAUUAUUCAUAAUAACGUUAUAUUCAGUUUCACCAACGAAAUACAAGAUAUUUUUGGUACAAUGAUUCUUUUACAAUUUUUUGUCAAUUGCAUUAUCAUUUGUUUGAUCGCUUUUAACAUUUCACAGAUGAAAAUCUAUAUUCCAGCAAUUCUGUUUGGUAUGCUCAUGUAUAUGUGUUGUAUGACAUAUCAAAUUUUUAUAUAUUGUUGGCAUGGUAAUGAAUUACAGUUACAUAAUAUAUAUGUUAGCACAGCAGCUUAUUCCAAUGAUUGGUGGAAUGCUGGUAAUCAUUUUAAACGUGCAUUACAAAUAAUGAUAAUAAGAGCACAUCGACCUCUUAUUUUAAGUGCUGGAAAGGUCUUCACUUUAUCGUUAAAUACUUUUGUCAACGUAAGUAUAUCGAUGAAUUAUAUCCUUUACAAAAAUAUAUAAACUAACUAUUCUAAUCUUUCUGAUAGCCCUUUGCACUAUGACUUUACUAUUGAUCUAUA